AUCAAUUCACCGACGCUUUGGAAAUAAGGGAUUUAGUUUGAUUGUGAAUAUAAAAAUGCUUUGCUGAAUACAAAAUAUAUUACAAUUCAUUGAAAAGUGUGUUCAGUACGUUGGCGCAUAUAAAUGCAGAGGUAGCAAGGGUUCGCAUUGUAUGUUAUAAACGUUAAAACCGAAGCGGCGUUCGUGUGUGAGUGUGUAUCCUAGUAUUGUGUGUGUGAAAUAACCUAUCUAGCAGUACUAUUUAGAGCAUGGAAGGAGCAGCACAAGUAGCUACCCCACCAGUUGGGGGGCCACGUGGUGGCUUUCGUGGUCGAGGUGCCGGCGGGCCGAUGCGCGGGGGUUUUGAUCGCGGGCGUGGACGUGGUGUUGGUCGCGGACAUUUUAUGGGCGGCAUGCGAGGUGGAAUGGGCGGUGGGCCACCAAUGCAGGGCAUGAUGCAAGGACCACCUCGUGGUAUGCGCCCCAGAGGGGGUCCGGGUGGUUUUCAAAGUCGCGGUGGCUUUCAGCCUCGUGGCGCACCUAUGGGGAUGAGAGGUGGACGGCCGCCUAUGUAUCAGCAGCCACCCAAACAACACACAGGUGCUGAAAACAACAAGACCGUUUCACCUGUUCCGACAACAACAACUACUAGCGAGCAGCAAGUCAGUGAGGUAACCGGUGAAGAGACCACAGACGCAGGAAGCUCGGUAAUCGCGGCGCCCGGCACUACUGCUACAACAACAGCCAGUAACUCGCAAGUAAAUAAUAACGGUGGACCACCGCCGUACAUACGUGGUCGUGGACGUGGCGGACUAUAUGGCGGACGAGGACGCGGCGGCUACAAUGCUCACAUUAAUGGCAGCGGCGGUAAUGGAAUGUAUGGUGGCCCACAUCAUGGAAGCUCAAUGGGUGGACCUGGGGGCGAUCACAACCAGAUGAGACGUGGAGCACCUCGCGGACGUGGCGGCUAUAAUCAAGGUAUGAGUCGGCCACCCAUGCAUCAGGCACAUAAUGUCAAUACACAAAUUGCACCGGUACCAGCUAUGAAACGUGGCGCACCGGGCGGUCCAGGUCCAAAGCGUGGACGCUACGAUGGUGGACCCUAUGGCCAACGUCCGAUGACACCGAAGUACCACACAGCACCACAACAUAUGGGCGCAGGAGGGCUGCCCCCGCAAUCAUCUUAUGGCUCACCUUCAAGUCACCAUGCCCCGGCUCAGAGUCAUCAUGGCUAUCAAACGCAUGACCAGUCGCAGCAAGUUGAUCCCUACGCACAUACCGGGUACAGUACACCAGCUGCCCAGCAAAGUUACAAUGGUUAUGGUCAGAGCACCGGCUAUGCAGCACAUACAACCCAAACCAGUGCUCCGGCAAACAGCAGCUAUGCCACCCAUGGCACAGAAUACGAUCAGAGCCAGUAUCAAGGCUACAACUCAACGGGAUAUGCCACUCAGCAGGAUACCCGCUAUCAGUCUUAUAGUCAGGACUACAGCCAGCAAUAUGGUUCAACAGCUGUUGACUACAACGCAACUGGACAGGCAGACUAUAGCCAGCAUGGACAGCAGAGUGGAAGCUAUGAUGAACGUGCCUAUACAGGCUAUGAUUCUCAGGCGUAUCCGCAGAGCUAUUCGAAUGCGGCUGCUUAUUACUAAAGUGUCGCCAUCUACACACAAGAUGAUAACAAGAGUAAAGAACGCUGCGCGUGCUUCAAUCGUUUAAAGUUUGCAUGCCAACAGAAAUGAAGGGAAACGAGAAGUAAAUUGUAUGUGUAAUACAGAAAAUGGCUUGCUAACCCAAAAACACAAGAGAAAAACACAGACACACCCACAUAAACUAAAUAAUACAAUUAAAUUUAAGCAUAAAGUUCUCUUUUUUCUAGUAAAUAAGCUGAAAUCGUGUUGCUACGUAUUUUCCCCCACCCUAUCCAAACCUCUGUUUUCGUUCUGUCCUUCCUUACCUUUCGCUCAAAACUGACAUUGCCUGUGUUUUAAUGUUUUGUUAGAUGACAAAGGGAGUCUACACUGCAUUGUACUCCAGCAAAGAAUGAUUAUGUAAAUUUCUUUUAUAUUUUUUACACACAUUUAUUUUUCAACUGUGACCAAAGUCAUCAUAAAUACUGUACACAUUUUGAUGAAAAUAAUAAAUGUAUAAUGUAAUUCAUGCCAGAUUA